AUGGAUGAUUCACCUUGCUUCGCCACUUCUCCUCCAGCGACGUCAGGCCUUCCUCAUUACAAAUCGACCAACGAUAAGCUAAUACUUAUAACUGAAUGGUUUCACUCUCAGUUGGGUGUGCGACUCCUCCAUCGCACUGAUGACUACGAAUGUGACUCUUCCACUACACCUGUGAUUGCGUCCCGUCUCACCUCCCUGACCGCCACCUUAAUAGGUUUAUCUAUUCAAUUAGAUUUUUCUUUUCAGUUAGAAAUCGAUUUCGUCCCCUCCCCAGCUCUUCAUCUCUUCACUAAAAUCUCUCUUCAUCUAUCCACUAAAAUCUUCACGGGCUUCUGUUUGAAUCAUUUCAUUGAACGACAGGUGAAUCAGACCAUCUUCUCAAUUUAUUUGACAUUGAAGAACAGUGCGUUGAAUUUCUUUGUCGUGUCCAAUUUAUCUCGACCAGAUCUCAAGCAGGAGCUUCUUGCAUUAGGUGAGCAGAUUGGGAAUGCUGGAUCAAGGUUAUCAGAGGAUUUUAUUUCAGGUGGUUUGCUUUUCAACAUGAUGAUACGUGUAGCCGCAGAAAAUCAACAAGCAUGUGGGAAUAAAAGCUUGUACAAUGACAGGGUUGAGUCUUUUGCAGCAGCAGCUGGAGAGGGUCAAGACAGCAUUUCUGAUAGGGGUAAAAUCGUCAUUAGUAACGAAGAGUUGGUAGCUGAUGACAAUUCCAAAAGAUCAGUAGCCUCUUUUUGCAAAGAAAUGACUGUUUAUGAGUCCUUAAGUGGACAAGCUACAAUUUUGGCUGCACUUGCAUCUGUCUCCCCAAAGCUGCCUCUUGGUUAUCCAGCCAGAUUUCCCAGAACAAUGCUUGAUGUAGCUAGAAAAAUGCUAUCAGAAGCUAGCCGAAACACUGUGUUUGCUAAGGUUGAAAAAGAACCUACAUGGUUACUUCUCUCAUCUUUGUGGUUUGGUUCCAUCAUUUCUGGAGCUGUUCAAUCUAUGUUGACUUCCAGAAGUGGGAAAAAGAGUCCUCCUUCAAACAGCAAGCGUAGGCAUGCACGUGGAUCUUUUUCAUUUUUGGGGGGAAUACAGGUGAGAUGGAAUGCAGUUGGUUCAAUCUAUGAGUGA